AAAAAAAACUAAUAAUAAUGAUAAUAAUGAUAGGGUCAGGCAUGGAAGCACAUGGCUUUGAUCUCAGCACUCAGGAGACAGAGAAAAACAGAUGCCUGCGAGUUCUAUGCCAGCCUGAUUUCCAUGGUAAGUUCCAAGCCAGCCAGGGCUACAUAUGGAGAUUCUGUCUCAAAAAAUAAUUUUUUUCAAAUGUACAGAAGAGUUAGGAUAGUAGUACAUAUUCUGGAUCAUUAACAUUUUGCUGAAUUUGCUUUGCCUCACUUAUUAUGUAUAAUCAUACUAUUACUCUUUGGUUUGAACUUCAAAGUCAUUUGGACAAAGACCCUUUGAUUUCAAGUAUGUCAGCCCAGAUAUGAAAGGAACAAGUGCCUCUCCAUUCCCACUGUGGUGCAGUCAAGUCAGUUAACCACCUUGGAAUUAUCAAUGAUAGAGUUUUAUUGAGCAAUAUACAGUACAUUUUCAGGUUAAGAAUUUUUACUAGUGUGCUCUGUGUGAUUGAUCAUCUUUUCCUGACCCAGGAUCCAUUCUAGCACCAGUUAAUAACAUCCUGAUGAAGCUGGAGCUUCCUGGAGUAGAGGGACUAUGUUCUCUUCAAUCAAGUGGAGUAUACUUACCUUCACUCAGGACAUGAGGAGAUUUGAACUUCAGUUCCCGUGAGGACAGUUCAGUUUCUGUCUCACCUUCACGUUCAGGGAAUAGUCCUCUAAUGCACUGAGCCUGACCUUCAGCUUCUGUACCACAGUCCCCAUGAGACUGUCCCAACUCCAUAGCUUCUUGGUCCCCGCUUUCCUGAUUGAAAAUCUCCAGCUGUAAAUGCUGUUCUUGUCAUCAGAGAAACUGUGACCCCAAGAAUCCUGCCAUCACUGGCUGUUCUAAUGAAGGUUAGUCUGAAACAAUCUUGCUCCCACUGCUGUCUCCCUCUUUAGUUUCAGCCUGGAGUCUUUACUGUUACUUCAGCUUUUAGGUUAUUUAAAAUGCUCCACUCACCAUUUUAGCAGUUUUCUCUGGGGUAUUUACCGUCUCUGUAUUGUUUCUAGAACAUUUCUGUGUGAUUGUUUUAUCCUUGCCUCCUUCACCUCCCCCCCUCCCUUUUUGGAGCAUUUUGCUAUGUAGCUCAGGCUAUCCCAGUCAUUUCUGUUGGGUGUUGGUGAGUGCCCAACAUUGAUGCUUUGUUGUCUGCUUCUAUUCACUACUUAAUAUUCACUAUUUUACUUUUGCUUGCUAUGUGCUUAAUAAACCCACUAAUUCAAGAUCAAACAUACAGCUUCUAUAUAUCAGUAUUCAUACAGAACAGAAUACCCUACCAGGUAGUAUCCAGAGGUUGUCUAUGGACACUGAGCUUUGAAUUUCAGUCAUUGCAGAAAUGCCACAUAGUCUCCUGACUUUCUGAUCCUUGAAUAGGGUUACGACAUAAGAGCUUUCAUUUCUCUACCUAGAAACCUUCUUUUACCAGCUGUCCUGGGGACCUAAGACUUCAAGUCACCAACCCAAGUGACUAUCAACACCAGUUGUUUGACUCCAGGGAAGGUCUCCUGUUGGUGUCAGGGGAAGACUGCACGAGAAAGGGUUGUUUUACCGGGUCGUGAAACUUGAUUGCUUUUAUUAUUGAGGGAACCCCAGAAGUUAAAGGCAUAUGCUACCAAGAGUGCCAGGAACUGGAGUCGUUAGAGACUAGUUGAUUCUCUUCCACUGUUGCUAAUAUCCUACUCAGCGUGUGUGCACAAUUCAAAUCUUAGAGACUUGCACUAUUGACCCUGCCUUUCACAGACAUCCAGGAUUUACCUUUGGCUGUCCACUAGAAGUGGCCACUUGGCUUCUGAAGCGUCUUUGACCACACGCCUGUUUGUCCUACAGCAGCCCCAUUUCAGGAAAAGGAAUAGAUUCUCACUGCCAAAGCUCUGGAGUACUCUUGAUUUUCUCCGCAAACCUAAUCCUUGGAGCAGUCCCGCAGCGCCAUCUUCUGGUACAGCUCUUCACCUCCACUCCUCGAGAGGCAGUAGUGUCUGAUUUGCUUUUCAGACCUCGUGUAGGCCUCCCGAGAGAUCUUUGCGGGCAUCGCCAAGAAUAAUGGCCUCACGGAGACACCCAAGGACAGUGUUCUCCCAAGCACUGCAGGUGUUCGUUUGGCAUUUGGAGCAUCUGAGACGCAGCAGCCUGGGCGGUACUCGCCAGGGGAAGAGGCGGCGCGCGUUGGGUUCUGUCCUGCCCCGGCCCGGCGAGUGGUCACGUGGGGCGCUACCCGGAGGCGGAACUACUACGACCGGGACCUAAAGGCUUGCAGAUCGGCAGCUCCAGGUUACCUAGUCAUGCGCUCCCUGCGUCCCACCUCUGCUACGCUGGCAUUUCUAGUUGCGUUCUUGGCUGCGCCCUUGGCUAUGGCUGAGACCCCAUACCUGGUGCGUGUGGACGCAGCCCGCCCGCUGAGGCCUCUGUUGCCCUUUUGGAGGAGCACCGGCUUCUGCCCCCCACUGCCUCACGACCAGGCUGACCAGUACGACCUUAGUUGGGACCAGCACCUGAACCUUGCCUACAUAGGUGCCGUACCUCACAGUGGCAUCGAGCAGGUCCGGAUACAUUGGCUGCUGGAUCUCAUCACAGCCAGGAAGUCAUCUGGGCAGGGACUGAUAUACAACUUCACCCACUUGGAUGCAUUUUUGGACCUCCUCAUGGAGAACCAGCUCCUCCCUGGAUUUGAGCUGAUGGGCAGUCCUUCUGGGCAUUUCACAGACUUUGAGGACAAGCAGCAGGUGUUCGAAUGGAGGGACUUGGUUUCUCUAUUGGCCAGAAGAUAUAUCGGUAGGUAUGGGCUGACACAUGUUUCCAAGUGGAACUUCGAGACUUGGAAUGAGCCAGACCACCAUGACUUUGACAAUGUGUCCAUGACUGCACAAGGCUUCCUGAAUUACUAUGAUGCCUGCUCUGAGGGGCUGCGCAUUGCCAGCCCCAUGUUGAGGAUGGGUGGCCCUGGGGAUUCAUUCCACCCCCUGCCAAGGUCACCACUGUGCUGGAGCCUUCUGCGUCACUGUGCCAAUGGAACCAACUUCUUCACUGGUGAGGUGGGCGUGCGUCUGGAUUAUAUCUCCCUGCACAAGAAGGGCGCAGGCAGCUCCAUCUCCAUCCUGGAGCAGGAGGUGGCAGUUGUGGAGCAGAUCCAGCAGCUCUUCCCCAAGUUCAAGGACACCCCUAUUUACAAUGAUGAGGCAGACCCUUUGGUGGGCUGGUCACUGCCACAACCUUGGAGAGCCGAUGUGAUUUAUGCAGCCUUGGUGGUGAAGGUCAUUGCACAGCACCAGAACCUGCUGUUUGCCAAUAGCAGUUCCUCCAUUCGCUAUGUGCUCCUGAGCAACGACAAUGCCUUCCUGAGCUACCACCCACACCCUUUCACCCAGCGUACACUUACUGCCCGCUUCCAGGUCAACAAUACUUGCCCACCCCAUGUGCAGCUUCUGAGAAAGCCAAUCCUUACAGUCAUGGGGCUGAUGGCCCUGCUGGAUGGAGAACAACUCUGGGCGGAAGUGUCACAGGCUGGGGCUGUGUUGGACAGCAAUCACACAGUGGGUGUCCUGGCCAGCACCCAUCGCCCUGAAGUCUCCUCAGAGGCCUGGCGUACCACAGUCCUGAUCUACGCUAGUGAUGAUACCCAUGAGCACCUCAACCACAGUAUCCCUGUGACGCUUCACCUUCAUGGGGUACCCCCUGGCUUGGGGCUUGUCUACGUAGUACGCUACCUAGACAAUCAACUGUGCAGCCCCUACAGUGCGUGGCAGCACAUGGGCCAGCCAGUCUUCCCCUCUGCAGAGCAAUUCCGACAUAUGCGCAUGGUGGAGGACCCAGUGGUUGAGGCACCACGUCCCUUCCCUGCUGGAGGCAGCCUGACUCUACACCGGAAGCUUUCUUUGCCAUCACUUCUGCUGGUGCAUGUCUGCACACGCCCCUUGAAGCCACCAGGGCAGGUUAGCCGGCUGCGUGCACUGCCCCUGACUUGUGGGCAGUUGGUUCUGGUCUGGUCAGAUGAGCAUGUGGGCUCCAAGUGCGUGAGUGGGGGUGGUUAUCCUUCCCUAUGUCAUUACCCUUUUAGUCAUUCACCUUCCUCCUCUAUUGCCUCUGUGCUCUAUACACACUGCACAACACCUGCACAGAUCCACUUGUGUCUGAGUUGGAAAUCACCUACAGUGGUAGUGUCCAGUGCUCUCCCCUCACUGUGGCCUGUCAUAAUGUUGAGAGUACCCAGGGACCCUAGAGGUACCAGGAAGGGAGCUGAAGAGUAUAGAGAUGUGGGUCCACCCUAUCCCGUCCAUCCAUGCCAGCUGGUCCCAGCUUCAGUACUGAUCCAGCCCUCCCCAGGUGCCUGUGGACAUAUGAGAUCCAGUUCUCCCAGAAGGGUGAAGUGUAUACUCCAAUCAGCAGGAGGCCAUCUACUUUUAACCUCUUUGUGUUCAGCCCAGAUACAGCUGUGGUCUCUGGUUCCUAUCGAGUACGAGCAUUGGACUACUGGGCCCGGCCAGGCCCCUUCUCAGACCCUGUAACUUACGUGGAUCUCCGUGCCUCAUAAGAGCCACUGGCUCCUAGUGACUGGUGAGCCUGUGCUGACUAGUGAAUGGGGUCAGCCAGGUUGAGCUAGACUGCCAUUAGCUGGUUAGUUGACUAUCAGCUCCUUUUGUUGUUCCCCCAUUUCCUUUGAAAGUAUCUUUCUCUACCUCAGUCUUGGGGUCUGCCUUUGUGGAGGAACACUACAGAGGGCCCAGCUGGAGUAACCUUUGCCUGCCUUUUUCCUUCUUCCCAGCUGUUCAAAGUUUAAAUCUGGAGCUGGGAGGACACUCAGUGGGUAAAGCGCUUGCUGUGCAGGCAUGAGGACCAGAGUGCAGACAUCUAUUCAGAGUUUACAGAUUACUCAUGUGAAGGCGGGGCAUGGCGAUGUAUGCCUGUAACCUAGUGUUGGUGGGAAGGACAGACACAGGCCAGGCUCACUGGCCAUCCAGUCUACCUGGAACUGCAAGCUCCAGGUUCAAUAAGAAAUCCUGUUUCAGAAAAAUCAAGUAGAGAACUAUAGAGAAGAUACUCAAUAUUGACCUUUGGUACACAUACACACACACACACACACACACACACACCCCUCACAUACACAAAUACACACCCACCCCCCAAACACACCACAGAUCACACUGUGCACACACAGUCUAAAUUCUGUCCCUUUUCUGAGACUUGAGACAAACUCUUAGCUUGAGAUUCUGUAAUAUCAAAAAGAAAGUUAUGUACUUCUGAAAUACAAUUGCACAGGGUAAACAUCUCCAUUUCAACAGGAAAAUAAAUGACAAGGAAGGAUUUAAUUGAAGCAAGACCAAACAUUAAAUCCUGUAGAUACAUUCCCAGAAUUGGGACACAUGUUAUUGUGAUAUGAACUCUAAUGUGCUAGACAGUUCUAUCUUUGUGGUAUUGCCAUUUACAGCCCCUGUGACCUUUCUCCCAGGCUGGUGUCUUAGGUUUUCCAUUGCUGUGAUUAAACAUGAUGAACAUAA